CAUGGAUGGAUGGGCCCGUAGCCGCAGCUUUGCUCAAAAAGAAACCUAAAUCCCAUCCCCUCUUCAACCGUAGUAGGAGAACGGUAGAGGCAGCCAUGGAUGAGCAUCAGGAGCUGGAGCACGAGGUCUAUGGUGGGGAGAUCCCAGACGUCGGCGACAUAGAAGGUGACGAAGAGAUGCUCACUGCUGACGGCGAUGGAAUCGCUGAGAUCGAUCCUAACUCCAAAGAGAGCUUGGAGGACAUGAAGAAGAGGCUUAAGGAGAUCGAGGAGGAGGCGAGUGCACUCCGCGAUAUGCAGGCUAGGGUUGAGAAAGAAAUGGGUGCCAACCAGGAUGAUUCAUCAAAUGCUGCUGCGACACAAGUUGAGAAAGAGGAGGUGGACUCUCGAUCAAUCUAUGUUGGCAAUGUUGAUUAUUCCUGCACUCCUGAAGAGGUGCAGCAGCAUUUCCAGUCUUGCGGGACUGUGAAUAGGGUAACCAUUUUAACGGACAAAUUUGGCCAGCCCAAAGGAUUUGCUUAUGUUGAAUUUGUUGAAGUAGAGGCCGUACAAAAUGCUCUUCUAUUAAAUGAGUCAGAAUUGCAUGGUCGUCAGUUAAAGGUGUCAGCUAAGAGAACGAACAUUCCGGGUAUGAAGCAGUAUCGUGGCAGGCGGGCUAACCCAUAUAUGGUGUUUCGACCGAGAAGACCUUUCAUGCCAUCUCCAUAUUAUGCUCCAUAUGGAUACGGAAAAGCUCCGAGGUUCCGGCGGCCAAUGCGCUAUCGGCCAUACUUCUGAGGUAUUUGUAUCAGCAAUCAGUUAAAAAAAAAAAAAUAAGGCGAUAGGUGUUACUCAAUGUGUUAGUCAUCGAGUAACAAUAGGAAAAAAAAAAAAUGAAGAGAUAGAGAGAAAGAGAGAUAGAGAGAGAAUGAGUAGAUUUCUACUCGCUCUCUUUCUCUAUACUCUUGGUUUCCAACUAGUCUGAUUGGUAAAGAUCUUGGAAGUUGUUGUCAAGAUAUUUGAUUCGAUUGCUUUGCGAUAACUCUCAUUUUGGGAGCGUCGAAAAAAAAAAGACUCCCUUUUUAUUACACACCAACACAUGUGGUACCUAUUGAAUAUUUAUUAUUGAACAUUUGUGAUAUGUAAUAUUUAAAUUAAGGAGAUUGUUCUGCAUGUAGCAGAUAAUGUUUUUGCUGUUAGGGUGU